UGUAGAAGUGGCCCGGAGCCAGAGAGGAACAUGUCUGUGGGAGGAGCUGUUUCUCAGCCUGUUCUGCUCCAGCCGCUGCAGCAGAGCAGGAGGGACCGAGGGGCCCCGCGGACAUGUUUGUGGCUCCAAACCAUGGACUCCUCUCUGUUGUCGGACCCGUACCGCCGCCCGGCGCGCAGGACGCAGUGGAUCGUGAGCAGCCUGGCUCACCACUACGGCCUGGACCGAGGGGUGGAGAACGAGAUCAUCGUCCUGGCCACCGGGCUGGACCAGUACCUGCAGGAGAUCUUCCACCACCUGGACUACCAGGGACUCGGCACGGUCCCCGCAGAGGACUUUACCGUCCUGUGCCAAGUCCUGGGGCUGAGCGACAGCUCGGACCCGGAGGAAUGUUCCGGGCUGCUGGAGCGGCUGCCCCGCCAGCUCCCCUUCAGGCUCUUCCACGCCAAACUUUGCGGCUACUUCAGCACCAAGGCGGGUCGCCGGUACGAGUCCGGCCGGCUGCUGGUGGCCAGAGACAGCGAGCACAUAGAGACCCAGAUCCGCCUCAGAAGCCCCGUCAGGCGGACAGACACUCAACCGCCGGUCGGGGGCAACCGGGGGGAGCGCUCAGCUUCCGGCCGCAGACUGGGGCCCCCCGGGCCCUGCAGCAGGGAGUGUUAUGAGGACAUAGUGGCCCUAGAGGAGGCGGAGGAUCGCAUCUGCAAACUGGAGGAGGAGAACCGGAGUCUGAGGGAGCUGGUGGAGGACAUGAGGGCCGCUCUGCAGAGCAGCGAUGCCCGCUGCCUGGCCCUGCAGGUCGGACUGUGGAAGUAUCACUCCCAACGCAAACCAGAAGAAGGAUGUUUGAUUUCAGCCCAGACUGAUACGGCCAAUGUUGAGCUGAGUGAUGGCUCCAACAUCAACCUGAGGAGCUUGCAGAACAUCAUUAAUGAGAUUGAAUGUCUGCGCAGCUCCAGGGAGCAGCAGGUGCAGGAGACCAUGCUCUGUAACCAGAGACUGGAACAGGAGCUGUGGAGCUGUAAAGAGACCAUUGCUGCUUCAGAAAAGAGCAACAAAGCUCUGAAGAAGGAACAGGAGAGCCUGAAAAACAGGGUGGAGGAGGCCAGGCAGGCUCUGCUGACUGGGAUGGCCAAGGUCAAGGAGCUGGAGCUAAAGGCCAGUCACGUUCCAGUGCUGCAGAGACGCAUCCUUCAGCUGGAGUCACAGCUCCUGGACUACCGGUCCCAUCUGUCUGAACUCCCACUUCCACACAGAGAAGAGCAGCCUCUGUGCGUUAGCAACCGGAGAUGCUGCCAGGACCUCCAACGGGACCGCUGUUCACCGACGGGCCAGGCUCUGACAACCGCUGACAGGAUGGAGGAGCAGCUGUUCCGGUCGGUGGAGGGCCAGGCAGCCUCAGACGAGGAAGAGGACAAGAGCAGUGGAGAGCAGCAGAGGCUCCUGCAGAGGGGCCCGACUCAGCUGUCAGGCUGUGCUGAAAGGUAGAGCUCAGCUUCUGGAGGAGUUUCAUGUUCUCUACCAGGAACUGGCUGCUGGUGGAUCCCUGCAGUCACUGCACAGCCUCAUCUUCUGCUGAUGGACGCUGCCACCUUCUGGGCUGGGUGUGCAAAAGCAAGCAGCUCUUCGUGCCCUUUGAAGUUCACUGAACUCUGUGUAGAUAUUUCCAUAAAGUAGACCUAGUCGCACUUUGUCUAAACGUUAAAUUAGUCCUUUAAAAAGUCCUCAACUUAUUUUUUUUUCCUUGUAAAAAAGAUCUGAAAUGAGCUGAAAGUCAAAGAGGAUUCGUGCUUCUCUGGUUGAAGGCAGAAGCAGUGACCAAGGAUCUCCAGAUGGAGAGAAUCCAUGAAGACCUAUGCAGGGAAACAGCUCUGCAGCUCCUCCAGAGUCACCAUGAUCCUCUGAUCAAUGCUCCCCAGUGCUGGUGGACGUCGCCCAGUCUGCUUUCCUCCAGUAAUUUCUGUCUUGUUUGUUUAUCUGACCUUCAGUGAAAGUUUUAAUAAAGUCAAUUUUUAACAGAUUCUCCAGA